AAACAUUCAAUAUCACGAAACUCUAGUCUCCUUUUCAACUAUUUAUAUACUUUACAGAUUUUGUCUCUGCCUUUCUCUCUCUCUAACCUCUCAAGAAAUCUUGUUCGAUCAAGAUCAACAGCCAGGCUUCCUUUUUAUCAUCAAUCAUGAUGCCUGAAUAUGACUAUCUCUUCAAGCUUUUGCUCAUUGGAGAUUCUGGCGUUGGCAAGUCAUGCCUUCUGCUGAGAUUUGCAGACGACUCUUACAUUGAGAGCUACAUUAGUACGAUUGGUGUUGACUUUAAAAUCCGAACAGUCGAGCAAGAUGGAAAGACCAUUAAACUUCAAAUUUGGGAUACUGCUGGUCAAGAACGAUUUCGCACAAUUACAAGCAGCUAUUAUCGUGGUGCCCAUGGAAUUAUUAUUGUCUUUGAUGUCACAGAUGAAGAAAGCUUCAGAAAUGUGAAGGGAUGGCUGACAGAAAUUGAUAAGUUUGCAACUGAUAAUAUUAACAAGCUCUUGGUUGGUAACAAAUGUGAUGUAACCAACAAGAGGGUGGUGUCCAAUGAGACGGCAAAGGCAUUUGCAGAUGAGAUAGGUAUUCCAUUUCUAGAAACGAGUGCCAAGAAUGCUACUAAUGUAGAGGAUGCCUUCAUGACAAUGGCUGCAGAAAUAAAGAAAAGAAUGGCCAGUCAACCAGCAGCAAAUGCGGUUAGACCAACCACAGUGCCCAUCCGUGGAAAACCUGUCAACCAAAGUACCACUUGCUGCUCAUCUUAAUUUGUUUAGGGAUGCUACCACAGUUCCAUUCAACGCAGUAGAGCUUUCAAGACAAGCAGCUAAUAGAUGCAAAUUGGUCGGCAUACAGCUUCUCAUUGUCCGCAGAAACCCAUGUAGAUUUGUCAGACUACAACUUUAUUUCAACUGAUGAGUUAAUUUCUAUACAUUAUUUUCUGGUUAUUUCCUUUCUCAACAGUCCCUCGAGUUAGUAUGAUGCCCUUUGCAAUUUGUUUUUGGAGACUAGUACGAAAAGUGGAAUCAAUUUCACUAUUAUUUCUUGUAACCAUCAUUAAAAUGAAUGAAACUAUGCUUGCUCAAGGAAAUGCAACUUGAAAGCUCCUUUGCCUAUA